AUGGCGCUUCGUUCCCCAGCAUUUCGAAACCUCCUCGGCUUUCAUACUUCGAUAUCGCCUGUCAAGCAUAUUCAAAGACGCUGGGCGCAGGUUCAUGAUGUCCGAUUUGUUGCGACACACCAGCCAAACAAUGUGCUGGCGAGAUACAAAGAUAAGCUCGAUCAGAAAGCGAAACAGGAAGGCCAUUCGUCUAUAUCUUCCCUAAAGGAAGCUUAUCAGGACAAAAUUCAAGCCGUGCGCGUAGCUGAUGCUCUGCAAUCGACACCUCCCCAGCCAAAUCCAACGCAACCUGUUUCACCCUCUUCCUCUCCUAGAUCCCAGACGACCCAGGCUUCCAGGGUCUCAAGUUCUCGUGGGAAAUCCGCCACACCAGGCAUUAAACCUCUGUCCGCAUACCUCGACAUCCAAAAAAUUCUCACCCUCCCACAAAAAGAAAUAGAAACCCUCUGGCGCCUAAGACACGCCCCGAACCCAAACUCAGUAUGCGCGACCAUUCCGCUGGAAACGUAUCACAGAAUCAUCAAAACCGCAAAACAGAAUCCCCAAUUUAUCUUACCUUUACCCCGAGAAAUCGAAACCCCCGCAGAAGACGCGAAUUCUAGCAAUGGCUCUUCUACCCAGACCGCCACAGCCGCGGAAAUGCACUUCCUCCAAUGGGGUUUUCACCCACCCUCGUCGACUCCAACCGCUACACCCACUUCCCCUGAUUUCCGAACUGAAAACACCCACACGUCCACCGUAAUAUUCACCCAUUUGGCGUCGUACAAGCUCCACGGAGCUUACUCACAGCCCCACACAAUAAUAACCCACCAUCUAGAUUUAGCUGAUGAAAAGGGGCUGGUCCUCAUGAACGGCACAGUGGUGCCAGAUAGAGGCGUAAGCCUAGACGAGGCGAAAUUGUUGAUUAUGUGGCUGCAGCGGUUUUAUGACUGGGGUGUUGACGGAAGUCAGGGCGGCAGGAAGGGAGAGAUGUUGAGAAUGUUCAGUCGAGGAGAUGUGGAAGGAUUUAAAGUCGAGGACUUGGUCGAAGAGGUCGAAAGAGUUUAG